UUUCACUUCCACUGCAUCCUCUCAUCUCACAUCUGCUUCUCAUCUCCACAAUGUAAAAAAGUUCAUCUUACUCUCUCUCACUCUCACUCUCUCUCACUCUCUUUUCUUUCCAUCUUUCGUCAAAUAAUUCAUCUCAAACAAUCAAGAUUGGUCAGGUCGCAUUCUUAUUAGCUCAGUGGAUCUGCCCCUCGCUUUUUUUAUUUCCUUUACAUCAGUGGACCCAAUGGGACCGAAGCAUCGAUUGGGGCUCACGUGUCCUCCAAAAGCAUUUGUAGGACGGUUCCUCAUAUGGCUAGUAACUGUCGGCCUUUUAUUGGGAUCGACUUUGCGUCUUCAAGCUGACUAUUUUUCUUGGAGGAAUAGAAUGGAGUUUGAGGUCGAAAAUAUUCGAGUCCUAAAAGGAAAGGAUCCUUCCAACUCUGUCAAAUAUGACAUCUUCAUGUACAUUGGUUGCACCGUCAGUCCCUUCGCAGCCGUUCUCUGGCAUUUCAACCAAGCUGUCAAAGUGUGUGAUGCUGAUAAUCUCGACAGUUCCUGCAAUAUCAAAAUGAACAAAAACUACAAUUAUGACUUUUUGGGACAUAAAGCAAAGGAUUGGCUACUCUCAUCAGACUUUAACACUCUCUUGGACCGCAGCGACGUCGUUGUCAAGUUAGACGAUGAUACCAUCAUCUCAAAGACCAUCUUGGACAAUCUAGUUAGCGAAUUUGCUGCAGCAGACUGCAAGUAUGCUGGAAACAUGCGCAAAACUCAAGCAGGCUUCUAUUGGAGCAACGGGCCUUUGUUUAUGGUUAAAACAGAUUAUUUGCGCUCCAAACUGAAAGACAACAGCGGCGUCCUCAGUUACUACAAUAAGGCCGAGGACGUUCAAAUGGGCGCCCUUCUUGACAUUACAAAUAGUGACUUGAUCUGCAACGUCGAUUUGGACACUUUUCGGCACCGCUACUAUGAGGACAAACGACUAAGCAUACGAUACAAGCCCUACAUCACUUGCUAAUACUGUGCAAUAUCUCUCCACAAAACUAUGUAGUCUUUAUUUAUUAAAAUAUGAAAGGAAUGAUAGAUACGAAAAGAACCUUUAUACACCAUUCCUAUUUACCUUC